AGUUACUACUGACGACAUGCAUGUGCCUUUCCGAACUGUCGUUUUCCUUCCAUGAGGACAAACCUCCAUGGCAAUGAGUAACAAACACCUCAAGGAGCCCUCGCCUGCUUCUUAGCACGCUGCAAUUAUGCUCGGGCUCACCGCGAUUCAAGACGUGGUCCUGCAGCAGCUGUUUUGGACUCUUACUACGCUGUUACACUCUACGUUGUUACGACUCCUUUUUGCUAUCAAUCUCCUCCCGGUGUAUUGCUUGCGCCAAGCCAUUUCUGUCCUCCCAACUGCUACGCGAAGGCUGCCGUUGAUACUGACCAGACAAGGCAGAGAGAAGCUGGUCUCGCAGACUGAGCAGUACAGAAUUUACGAAGAAGAGAUUGCUGCCAAACAAUACGACGGCAGCUAUAAAUUCACGCCAGCAAAUGUACUACCAUGGGACGGCAGGACGAGCUGGCCCGUGAACCGGAAGGUCUUCGAGAUCUGCGAGAUCAACGUGCGUGUCACGCAUACAAAACCCAAGGCUACCUUCGGCAAGGCCAAGCCCAUCGUCUUGCUCCAUGGCAAUCCCAGCUGGAGCUACAUCUGGAGACGGAUCAUUCGCCAUCUGACUGCCGUUGGCUAUGAAGUCUUCGCCAUAGACUGGCUCGGACACGGUACCUCCGACAAACCAGUGAAUGUAUCCGAAAUUUCGUUUGAGUUGCACAUGCAUACCCUGCGAAGGGUCAUCGAGCAGCUUGAUCUGCACGACUUCUACAUCGCAGCCCAUGAUUGGGGCGGGUGUGUUGCUCUCUGCACUAUCCCUACCCUACCAGACAGCAGACAUUGCGCGGGACUUUUCUUGCUGAACAGCUUCUUUCCUGCCCGACCCAGCGACAUCUCAACGCACUACUAUCUUCUGUACUGGAUCUGGUUUUUCAGCACGGGAAUAUUAGGUCCACUACUGCCGGAUAGUUUUGUCCUGCGCUUCAUGGCACCAAACAUCAGCAUGAAGACUGCUAGUGCAUACUCCGCGCCCUAUGCACAAAGCAUGUUCAAGACGAAGGCAAGCAUAAGCAGAUUCUCACACAUUGUCCCCGGACUGCCAGACUGGGUCUAUGAUCUUCGUUCCACAUAUUCGUGGCGUGUAGUAGAAGGUUGGCUGGGCCCGGAACAUUUCACGAACUUGAACGCUCAGGCGUCGCUUGCAGAGCGAAACAGGCACGUGCGGGGCUGGUGGCUCGGAGAAUUCGACGACAAAAGCACGCGUAAUGCGCCUGAGAAGGUCAUGAUCUUGUUCGGUCGCGAAGAUCCACUACUUCCUGAGUUCAAGAUGGUGUUGGAGCGAUAUAUUGGCGUCAGUCAUAUCGUACGACCAGCUGAUCGUGGUUGGCUUCCGGGUGCCGGGCACUAUCCAAUGGAGCAGAAGCCAGAAGAGAUCGCGUACUGUAUUGCGCAGUUGUCAGAAUCUUGAGGGCUUGGGGAGACGGGAUGGUCUAAGACAAGAGAAGUAAUUUGUACAAGGCUUUCGAUCCAAGCGCGAAAAGUAAAAUCUCGACUUGCCUUGAAAGAAGUUACUCGAGAAGUCAUCCACUUGGUACAGGGCACGUGCGCCAUGUUGAGGGAUCCUAACGAAACGUCUCUCCAAUUCGUCUCAGCGUCAAGUCCCUACCACAAGAUCAGAACGCAUUCGGUAAGGCAUCAAUCCAGGUCGACCUGGUGGGGGAAUAACUCUCGUUGCAACGUUGGUGGAAAUUUCAGUGGAGACGCACAGCACUUACGGCCUC